UCCCUCCCCUCUCUACAUCUGAGCCAGAGUGACUGUCAGAGGGAACAUAGCAGUUCAUUCACUCCUCAUCCAUAGCUCUUAGAGUCUUCUCCCUUUACAGAGAGAGAUACAUACGUAGACAAGAAGAGAGUCGAAGAGAAAGAGGCACUCUUUAAAAGGACUUUAGGAGCCACGUUAUUAUCUUCAUCACUCUUCCUCUACUCUCUUACUUUUUAACGAGACUAACAUUUCCUGUAUGCCUCUAGCAGACUUUCUGGGACUCUAAGGUAGACUCCUUAUCCACCCGUUCCGCUUCCAACCCACCCAGUCUGGAUUUGGGGAGUGAGCGGGCGGUAGGCGGGUGCCUCGGGGCGCCCAGCCCGUGUGUGUGGGCGCGACGGCGGUGGAGUGGGCGCGGGGGAACUGGAGCGCCGAGGGCGCGGCCGGGGCUCCCGAGGGCGAGGAGGCCGGGUCGGGGUCCGAAGUCGGAGCUGCAGGGUCUGGGCAUGGUGGUGGCGGCGGCGCCAUGCUGAACAUGGUGUGGGAGACUGAGGGGCUGCAGACGGUGGGCAUCGUGGUGCUGGUGUGUGCCUCGCUKAAACUGCUGCACCUGCUGGGGGUCAUCAACUUCUCCGAGGACAGCGUGGAAGAUGAGUUGGAGCUGUCGGCCGUCCGCCAUCGCCCCGAGGGUCUGGAGCAACUGGAGGCUUUGACCCGCUUCAACCGCAAGGAGCUGCAGAUCCUCUACCGAGGCUUCAAGAACGAGUGCCCUAGUGGUGUGGUCAAUGAAGACACCUUCAAAGACAUCUACUCCCAGUUCUUUCCACAGGGAGACGCUUCGACAUAUGCACAUUUUCUGUUCAACGCGUUUGACACGGAUAAAGAUGGAUCUGUGAGUUUUGAGGACUUUGUAAUGGGCCUCUCUAUCCUGCUCCGAGGCUCAGUCCAGGAGAAGCUCAACUGGGCCUUUAAUCUGUAUGAUAUUAAUAAGGAUGGCUAUAUUACUAAGGAGGAAAUGCUUGACAUCAUGAAGGCCAUCUAUGACAUGAUGGGGAAAUGCACAUAUCCCCUACUCAAAGACGAUACGCCUCGGCAACACGUGGAGAUAUUUUUUCAGAAGAUGGAUAAAAACAAGGAUGGAGUUGUAACCAUAGACGAGUUUAUUGACUGCUGCCAAAAUGAUGAGAACAUCAUGAGAUCGAUYCAGCUCUUUGAUAACGUCAUUUAACUUGUGGCUGACGUGGAGAGCUCUGGACCGGACUAUUCUAUCAACUGUACGCUGUUCAGGCAAACAUAAGGAAGUAUUGUCACACAACAAAUACAGUAUAGAUGUAACGGUAUGAAACAUUCUGGAAUAACUUUGCAAAAAAGCAUUGAGGUUUCCAAUCUUACCUUUUCAAUUUGAGUUUUGUGGUUUGAUUGAGUAAAAUGAACUCUUCAAACCUAUGUACAAAGAUGCCUCGAUCUUAACAGCUGUGCCGCAGUCAGUAUUUAUCUGCAGUACAGGAAACCCAGCUGUGUUAGAUUUUGCCACUGCCUUUGAACAGAUGGACAACAAUGAGUUUGAAAGGUGAGCGUUUGUGAUGAAUAGUGACAAGCAAGCGUUGCUAAAGUAGGCUACAAACUCCAAGGUUGUUCACCCACCGUGGUCCAUCCUUUGCUCUCCCAGGACCCGGAUAAAAUAUAGACUUAACAUUGUACCAUUUAAAAKAAUAUAUGUAUAUACUAUCUGAGGACUGUUCAACUUUGUUCAUGUUUACUUGCCAACUAGAAUGAGACAAUGCACUCCACAUUGAAUUUGAUGAGUCUGGAGAGUGAAAAGUAUCCUUAGAAGCACACAGGUUGGUGUUACUUACCUUGAGUCUACGCAUAGGAGAAAUGACCAUCUUGUCACAAGAUUAUGCUGCUUCUAAAUGUAUUUUAUGUGACCCUACAUGUGUGUAUUUCCCUGUUUUGAGAUGUUUCCUGUCGACAUGUUUCCAUUCAUGUUUUGAAGCACUAUUUUGUAGUUUACACUGGUAUGUWUGAUUUUAUUUAUAUAACAUGGUAGUCAGUGUACAAAGGGAUAGUCAGAUGUUCAGUAUUAAGCAGAAGCUAACUCUUGGGGUGAAUUUACGGUCUUCUUGGGUAUGUAAUGUAUAUUGAUCACUGUCUUAUAAAGAGGAUCACUGGGAUGAAGUUAUACAAGCAAAUCUAAUCUCUGUCACCUUUGGUUUUGUAAAUAUAUUGCCCUGUCCAGAAACAACKCCUAGCCCCAACUUUCUAGGCGAUUGCAGAGAUCUGGGAGGAUUGGACAGGUGUAAGCAAUAUGGCGAUAAUUCCACUCGGCCUGUCAGAAGGCAAGGUGGAGCUAUAACCUAUUUCACUUUGUAUCUAUCCAAUCCUCUCGAGCCUUGUUCACACUGCAGACCUUCACACUGCUCAAAUCAGUUUUGUUUUUAAAAUCCAUUUUGGAAUACUGACUGU